AUGUCUUGGGACCGUGGCGAGUUAAAUAAGAAGGGCUUCUUCUUCGAUGACUCUAUCCGGACAACGAUUCCAUGGGCCCCAUUCCCGCCCCAUGUCGAAGCCCUCCGACAGUCAAUGCUAGACUUCACAUGUCAAGACUUCGACGUAACUUCUGAAGAAGAUGCUGCCACGCAGCAUGAGGCUAAGAGAUACUCUGAAGGCGGGUACUCUGAGAGUGAUUGGGAAGAUUUCUUUCGAAGAAACUUCUUUGACCCACUUGUCCAAACGGCCUCAGGGUCGCCAAAAGACUCACGCAGCGACGCCGACGCUUUGUGGGAAACCUUCAAUGGAAAAGGUGACGAGGUCGACGAUUCAACAGCCCACCGGUUUGAGACUGUAAAAUGCCCCAAACCCGACUACGCAUUCUAUCUUCCAAUGUACCAUCUUAGUGCCAACUCCUAUAUACCUGGAAUUACCGACCACAGAGCUCGGGAGUGGCAUAAAGCACCAACGCCAUCCCUUGUGGAGUCAUUCUCAUGGUCUAACCUCAAAAUGCUUCAUGAAAACGGUCUUCGACCUACUCCAUUUCGUGUCUUUAAUAAGGAGCCCCGCGAAAAGGAUCUCAAAUGUUAUCCGUGGCUUCUUGUUGAGUAUAAGAAGGAAAAAUAUGGGCUUUUUGAACGUCAACAAUUAGAGGAGACCGUGUGUUGCCAAGCAGCCAACGGUAGCGCAAGUGCUAUCAAGCUGAAUCAGAUUGCAGCAAGGUAUACUAUCGAGCUUCCCGAUGAGGCACAUGUUCCUCCGAUCCCAGUUGUAACCACUGUCGGACCUAAGGUCAAGGUUUGGAUAACAUAUCUUGCCAAAGACUGUAUGGUACUCUAUGGGGGUAAAUAUUCUUGGUCUUCAAGAUGGGAGAAACGCAGUCAAGCCUAUAUGAUGAAAUGUAUCUGGAAGGGUGAUAUGACUAUUCCCCAGGAUAUUGUAAAGUUUCGGCUUAUCCUUGAAAAUGCGUAUACUUGGGCGACGCGUGUAUACAAACCUCUAAUAACGACAUAUAUUGAUCAGUGGAGGUUUGUUCACUCCACAGGUGGCUUAGGCCCUACAAGUGCGACUACAGCAUUGGCACGCCGCCAACAGGCAAUGGAACUUUCAGGGAGUGCGCUCCCGCUAGUCCAAGGUGUUCUAGAUCGUCAGUCAAGCUUCGAGCUUGACGACAGUCUGCACCAGCGCCUCACACCGAUGUUGAUGGGCGUCCUCGUUCAACAGAUAUGCGCUGUCGAGCGUCAGACGCUUACUCAAGAGUUGGAUCGCAUUGUUGCCGAGAAGAUUGGAGCAUAUUCGUGCCCAUGCUCAUCCAACGUAAGGACAGACACAACAGACGGACAGACCCAAGAACCAAGUCAAGCCACGACAAUCAAUGUCGGAGACCCUAAGGAUGAUGACUAUGUAGACUCUCAGUCUCAUAGGCCUGUGAGCAACGAUUCCACUUCUUCAACUCCAACGGGAGGAUUGCGACGAAGUACACGAUUGAACCCUCAAGUACCUUCUCCACGCCCAACUACGUGUGAGGCGCGUGCUGUAAGCAUCAGUGGCGGUUCAGGUCAAAAACCUAGAACUCCCGACGCAGGGUCAAGAGUAGGGAAGAAACCACUAUUUUCUUCGUUAUUCGACCCACCAGAAAGCCAGAGCAGCUAUGUGAGGCCAGUGGUCGAAAGUGAUCCCGGAAGUGAUCCCGAAAGCGACCCUGGAUGGAGUACUACAUCUGGAGAUGAACAUACAAAUACUGUGGACAGCGAGGUGACCCCUCUGGCCUCACCAUCAGCUGCAUCUUCAACCAUCUUUACACCGACCGACGACGGGUCUGCACAAAUCCCAGGACCAAUUCUAUCACCAGAAGGUCCAGCAAUAGGUCUGAGACCGGCAGGCCCAUCGCCAUCACCCAUGCCAAGAAUAUUUUCGUUUCGGGGUGUUCCGCCACCAGUAUCGCCUCCAAAGUUCGAAUGUUUAGUUAAGUCGGACGGAAUCGGGCGGAACCUCGAGAUAAUUAAGAUCUAA